AUCCCAACGAUAACACUUACAUUCAUGCCAACAGAGUGAAAUUGGAUAAGGUAAAAUUACUCUGAACUAAAUUUACAAACGUGCCUACAAUCCACUUUUACUGACUGUUACUAACAAAAAUGAAAAUUGGUUUUCAUAUAACGUCUCAAACAGCCUCGCAGAACGGGUCUAUAUUUUGACACAAGGACCUAAACAAAAUUCAAUUGAAGAAUUUUGGCGUAUGAUAUUCCAGGAACAAUGUGCUGGUGUAGUAAUGCUCUGUAAUUACUAUGAAGAUGGCAUGCAAAAAUGUGAUGAGUUCUUUCCAACGGAAAACGGUGGUUACAAAUAUUACGGAAAGAUGUUCGUGAACAACAAGAAGGUAUGGUUUGUAGCAUUUUCUUUGCUCCGAGGGCUCCGUUCAAUAAUAUGCGCGCGGUCGCUUGUUCGAUCUUGUUCCUCGCGAACCAAACCUCACAUCCAUCACAAGGGUCGGCAAAUCUUCUUCCGAUUCACAAAGAAUGACGACUAUCUGUGGUGGAAACGUGGGAACGCCCUAGACUUGCCAUCUUGGGGCACAAAGGAGAAUCUCGAUCAGCAUUCGAAGGCAUUCAUGAAGACGGUCAGAAAAUCUUCAAGCUGUAGCGGAAGCACAGACAAAUCCAAAGACCUUCGUGCAUACGCGCGAAAAUCGCUGAAGUAUCAAUCCUAUGAGGCUGCAAGUUAA